AGGAGGUUCUCCAGGUCUGUCUCCAUUUAAUGGGAGAGAAUAAAUAGGAAGCAAUUUGCCCCAGAUUAUGCAUGUGGAAUACCAGAGAACCUGGUCUCCUGCCUCCUAGGGCAGGAUCUUUGUAUUGCACCCAAGAGUCAGAUCCGGGAAAUUAUACGGAGGGACGAAACGGGAUGUGUGUGUGUGUGUGAGAGAAGGUCUAUGAGGCAAGAGUCAUCGUCCCUGCCCCCUAAACCCCUUCUCCAUUCACUUUGCCUUUGGGCAAUUUCCGCCAGAACCUGGGUGGAGAAGGUGGGGUUCCGGUGUUGAAAUGGCAUCCUGGACAGACAUAAACACCCCGCCCUCUGCCCACUGGCCAAGGGCCUGUGCCAACUCCCAGCUCUAGGGAUGGCCAUAUAACAAGGAGGGGGCAGGCAGGGACUUGGGGUGAUCCUCCUUCGAAAGGACAAUUUGCAACUCUCAUUAAUUUUGUGGUGAGUCAGAGUGGAUUCCAUAUUAAAUACCUGUGAUAGGCCAUCCUUGUGGUGAUCUAAGGUCAUCCAACCCAACCCUAUACUCUGUCUGUCCUUCUGUAAGUCUCCCCCACCCACCCAGUCUGCCUGCCUUUACUUCUACAACAAACAUAGGGUAUGGUGCGUGGCCCUAAGAGAUCAGGGGGCCCCUGCCAAAUCUACUUGGAGUGUCUUGCCAAAGGCAGGGAGAACAGAUGAGGGUGAGAUGGGUGUCAGGGAAUAAGGAGGGGGAGUGAGGAGAAAGGGUGACAGAAAGGAGAAGAUGAAGGAAGGACUGAGGGAUUGCUGAGAAUGUUGAACUGUCCAAGCAGAGAGGGAGGGACCUCUGAAUUCAACUUGUCUCACUCCCUGGCUUUACAAAUGAGGAAACAGAGGCUCAGAGAAAGGCGAUGGCUUGCCCAACAUCUUGCUGCUGCACAGGUCUGCAACUCCAGCCCAGAUCCAAAGCAAAGGGGCUGGAAGGGAGUGAGUAUUCAAGUCUCUAAAGAAAUAGAGACUUGAUGGUGGGAUAGGGAGUAGAGUCAGCAGCUCUAGGUACCAGACCUGACUCUGCUAUUUAUCAACUUGAGUCUCAGCUUCGGAAUGGACCUAUAGGAACUUUGUGAAAAUCAAUCUCAUAAAUGAAUGCCUAUAGACUCCCAGGCUCAGUUCUCAACAAAUGCCAAGUUGCUGGGACCGUCUGGGCUCUCAGGACCUUGGAGCAGGCCCUGGCCCAGUAGGAUGUCCCCGUGUCCUCCACAGCAGAGCAGGAACAGGGUGACACAGCUGCCCAUUCCGGAGCCAGGGGAGAUGGAACUGACUUGGCAGGAGAUCAUGUCCAUCACUGAGCUGCAGGGUCUGAAUGCUCCAAGUGAGCCAUCGUUCGAGCCCCCAGCCCCCGUCCCAUACCCAGGGCCCCCGCCACCUCCAAGUUACUGCCCCUGCUCUAUCCACUCGGAGCCUGGCUUUCCCCUUCCUACACCACCUUAUGAGCUCCCAGCACCCACGUCUCACGUCCCAGACCCUCCGUACUCCUAUGGCAGCAACAUGACUGUACCAGUCUCCAAACCACUGACCCUCUCGGGCCUGCUGAGUGACCCGCUCCCAGACCCCUUGGCCCUCCUGGACAUUGGGUUGUCAGCGGGGCCAUCCAAGCCCCAAGAAGACCCAGAAUCUGACUCAGGAUUAUCCCUCAACUAUAGUGAUGCUGAAUCUCUUGAGUUGGAGGGGACGGAGGCUGGCCGGCGUCGCAGCGAGUAUGUAGAGAUGUACCCAGUGGAGUACCCCUACUCACUAAUGCCCAACUCCUUGACCCACCCCAACUAUGCCUUGCCACCUGCCGAGACCCCGUUAGCCUUAGAACCCUCCUCAGGCCCUGUGCGGGCCAAGCCUACUGCACGGGGGGAGGCGGGGAGUAGGGAUGAGCGGCGGGCCCUGGCCAUGAAGAUCCCCUUCCCUACGGACAAGAUUGUCAACCUGCCAGUGGAUGAUUUCAAUGAGCUGCUGGCGCGGUACCCGCUGACGGAGAGCCAGCUGGCCCUGGUCCGGGACAUCCGAAGGCGGGGCAAGAACAAGGUGGCCGCCCAGAACUGUCGCAAGAGAAAGCUGGAGACCAUUGUGCAGCUGGAGCGGGAACUGGAACGGCUGGGCAGCGAGCGGGAGCGGCUUCUCAGGGCCAGAGGCGAGGCCGACCGGACCCUGGAGGUCAUGCGCCAACAGCUGACGGACCUGUACCGUGACAUUUUCCAGCACUUGCGGGAUGAAGCAGGCAACAGCUACUCCCCUGAAGAGUAUGCGCUACACCAGGCUCCUGAUGGGGCCAUCUUCCUGGUGCCCCGGGGGACCAAGAUGGAGGCCACAGACUGAGCUGGCCAGAGGGGUGGGACUAGUGAUGGGGGUUUCCUGCAUUCUCUUUCAAUAAAGGUCCUCCCCAUCCAUGAGGCCCAGGGGGAGCUGAGUUCUGUAGACCAGGAGGGGACCACAGUGGGAAACCUGGCAUUUGGAAGGUCCGAGGUGUGUUCAGUGAGGCUUGCCUGGAGGCAAGGAUGUGAGGGGAGGGCUGGAAUCUCUCUUCCAUGGUUCAGUUUUCUAGGUUCCCAGUCUCAAUUGAGCCUUGGUAUAUAAAGCACUCUACAGAAUA